AUGCAGACCGUUCAUUCCCCCACGCUCAACCCCUCUCCAUUGGACCCAUUUCGCACCCGCAACCGCUCACCCUUCCUCGUUGGCGCUGCUUCAAAAUCCAGGCAACGUGUCUCUGUGGUCGCUGCAUCUACGGCUUCCACUGUCGGUGCGCCCAAGCGGGAGAAGGACCCUAAGAAGCGUGUGGUGAUUACUGGAAUGGGGCUUGUCUCUGUGUUCGGCAGCGACGUGGAUGCUUACUAUGACAGGCUGCUUUGUGGUGAGAGCGGCAUCACUCUCAUCGACCGGUUUGAUGCUUCCAAAUUCCCUACACGCUUCGGUGGACAGAUCCGGGGAUUCUCUUCGGAGGGCUACGUUGACCCCAAGAAUGAUAAACGGCUUGACGAUUGCUGUCGCUUCUGCGUUGUUGCUGGCAAGAGGGCGCUCGAGGAUGCUAACCUCGGUGGAUAUCAGCGCUCUAAGAUCAACAUGGUGCGUGCUGGUGUGCUUAUUGGAACAGGGUUUGGUGGUCUUACCGUCUUUUCUAACGGUGUUCGGACAUUGUUAGAGAGAGGUCAUAGGAAGAUAACCCCUUUGGGUUUUGUUGCUUGUAGGGCUCUGUCUCAGAGAAAUGAUGAUCCUAAAACUGCUUCCAGGCCAUGGGACAGAGAUCGUGAUGGGUUUGUUAUGGGAGAAGGCGCUGGCAUAUUGGUAAUGGAGAGUUUGGAGCAUGCAAUGAAACGAGGUGCACCAAUUGUUGGCGAAUACUUGGGCGGGGCUAUUAAUUGUGAUGCUUAUCACAUAUCCAAUCCAAGAGCUGAUGGGCUUUGUGUGUCUUCGUGCAUAUUGAGCUGUCUUGAAGAUGCUGGCGUAUCGGCUGAGGAGGUUAACUAUAUUAAUGCACAUGCAACAUCCACCAUUGCCGGUGACUUAGCUGAGAUAAAUGCCAUCAAGAAGGUGUUUAAGAAUACAUCAGAGCUCAAAAUCAAUGCGACUAAGUCUAUGAUAGGGCACGGUCUUGGUGCUGCUGGAGGUUUGGAAGCCAUUGCCACUUUGAAAGCAAUUCAAAAAGGAUGGUUGCAUCCUUCCAUCAAUCAAUUUAAUCUGGAGCCUUCAGUUGAUUUAGACACCGUCGCAAACAUAAAGCAACAACACGAGGUGAAUGUUGCUCUCUCAAAUUCAUUCGGAUUUGGAGGACAUAACUCGGUCGUGGCAUUCACUGCAUUCAAACCAUAAGCCAUGUUUUUA